CGCGAGCGAUGACGGACACCCUCCUCCCUCCUCCAGCACCGGAACCCAAUUCCAAAGCGUGCCGUCGCCGUCACCACCGAACGAACAAUUCCUUGCUCGAGCCGAUCGAUGCCCCUGUGACAAUCGCGUGGUUCAAGCGGAGGUCUGAAAUUGCGGGCUCUCGUCCGGCAGAUGCUCGUGGCUGCGAUUCGAUGUCGGGACAGCCUCUCGGGUUGGUGAGAUGGACGUCAGGACAGAAGUCUCGUGCUGUUGACUCCAAUGUGCCUUCGAGCUCGGAGAAUCGUGCCGUGGGACCCAAAGCUUCAAGACAAGAGGGUGAGGUCAGCGGCCGAGAAUGGCGGGGCAGAAGGCAGCCUGCUCUGGAAAGGCGGCCAAUCGCCAUCGGAGAAAGAAGGCCAUGCGCCCAUGCGCAGCAGUUAAAAAGGGGGGGAAACGACAUCUUGCUCGAGAUCUCACUCAAGAACAUCCGACAAACUCAGCAGCACGACAUCGUUCGACAUCGCCAACUUCAAACUUUCUUCGGAUUUCUGCCUUCUUCAUCCCCACACGACAGUUUCCUGCCGCCCACCUUCGUGGUAACGAAGUCUAGGGUUUGGCCGAAGAUGAAAGCUCGCGAGGAGGAUAAUUCUGUCACACGACUGAGAAAAUGCGAGCCUGUCAUGCAUCGAAGCCGACUGAUCGACGGACCGACUCUCGUUUCUUCAUCAUCAGAGUGCAAGUCUCUGAAAUGUUUGCGCUCAUUCGACAACAUGCCUGUCAGACAGACAAAGCUUCUUCGUGUUACAAGUAAUAUACAACAAUCAGAGGUGUGA